AUGGGCCGUACGGUGACGCGAUUGCAGGCUGACGUGGCGGACGAGGGCGCGACGGGCAAGGUGCACCAAACUGCGUUCCAGAACAAACACGGCCGCCCGGUCGUCGUGCUCUCUGCCGGCCAGCAGAACACCAGCAACCACGCGGGGCAGGAGGAGCAACAGGAAGAGAAGGGGAAGCAACAGGAAGAGAAGGGGAAGCAACGGGAAGAGAAGGGGAAGCAACAGGAAGAGAAGGGGAAGCAACAGGAAGAGAAGGGGAAGCAACAGGAAGAGAAGGGGAAGCAACAGGAAGAGAAGGGGAAUCAACAGGAAGAGAAGGGGAAGCAACAGGAAGAGAAGGGGAAGCAACAGGAAGAGAAGGGGAAGCAACAGGAAGAGAAGGCGAAGCAACAGGAAGAGAAGGGGAAGCAACAGAAGGAGCAGGAGCAGAUGGUGUGGCUGAAAGACUUUCAUGGGUGGUGGAGCAUGCGCAAGGCCCCGCCGCUCAAGACGUCUCGCGAGGUGCUGAGCAUUCUGCAGAGCCACUACCUGGAGAGGCUCGGCACUGCUGUCAUCUACAACCCGCCUGCCGUCUUCGAGGCCUUCUGGAAGGUGAUUCGCCCCUUCAUAGGACACUCAGCAGAGAAGACAGCAGAGUUCUGGAGGAUAGUUGAGGGGGAGCGGUUGGGGCAGCAGCAGGAGAUUGUGGGGGGUGACAGUUGGUACAGAGCUGACAGCACUCAGGGCAGCGAGGGAAGUUAA